AUGCGCUGCCCGUUGCUCCUGGGGCCACUGGCCCUCCUGCUGGGGCUGGGGCUGGGAAAGGUGGAGGCGCAGGCCUGUGAUUCCAAGGAGCCGGAGAGGCUGCAGUUGUCCCAGGUGGGAGCGGGCCGCCAGUUGGUCCCCCGGUCCCGCAUGCCCGGGGCCCUGGAUCCCCUGUAUAGCCUGGUGCAGCGAUUCCUGGACAUCGUCCAGCUAAAUCCCUUCCCGGCCGGGUUGGUCCGGACGGCACUGAACGAACCGUCCUCCGUCCGGGCCUCGGAGGUGGUCCGGUACGAGGCCGGAUACGUGAUGUGUGCCGUGGUCGCGGGGCUGUUCCUCGUGGCGGUGCCCACGGCGGGGCUCUGCUUCUGCUGCUGCCGCCGCCGCCGCCGCUGUGGAGGCCGCAUUAAGGCGGAGCGGAAGUCCCUGGCCUGCCAGCGGGGCUGUCUCGUGGCCUGCGUGCUGCUCACGACCCUCGUCCUCCUGGCGGGCGCGGUCUGCGCCUUGGUCACCAACCAGCGGACGCACGACGAGAUGGAGCCCGGCCUCCGGGCCGUGCCGGCCACUCUGCGGGCCCUGGGGAGACUGGUCGCCCAAGUCCCCCAGGACCUGGAGGCCGUGGCCCGCCAAUUCCGGGUGCCCCAACGGAGGGUCCUGGCGGAGCUGGAUGAUUUCGGAGAGAGCCUGGGGGCUAGUCUGCAUGCCCAGUUCCGUGCCUCAGUCUACCGGGCGCUGGCCACCGUGCAGGCCACCGGCCAGGCCCUGCAGGUCUCCCUGCGGCACCUCCGGGCCCUGAACGCCACGAGCGGCUCGGGGAGAGGCCAACAAGUAGCCCUGGAGUCGGCCCUCGGCCAACGCCGGGCCCACCUGCUCGCCCUGCUCCGCGAAGCGCGAUGUUCGGGGUGCCACGAGGCGCUGCCCCUGGCCCGCGGCCUGGAGCUGGGGGCCAACUUCAGCCAGAUGCCGUCUGUAGAGGACGUCCUGCGGCACCUGAUGGACGUCCCCGAGGCCAACUUCACCAGCCUGGUCCUGGAGGAGAACAGCACGUUCAACGCCCUUCCCCUCCUGGCCUCGGUCCAGACUGCCACGUUAGUGCACGACCUGAAGAAGGCCCUGGACCGCAUCCCAGAGGAGGUGGCAUCCCUGUCCCGGGGAUUCCCUGGCUCAGAGGCCGCUGCCCGCUGGAGCCGGGCCUUGGAGGAUGCGGAGAAGGGCAGCCGGCCUUACCUGCGGGAGGUGCAGACCUGGGAGCGACACAGGUGGAUCCUAAGCUGCAUCCUGUGCUCCGUGCUCCUGCUGAUCGUGCUGUGCAACCUUCUGGGCCUGGGCCUGGGCGCCUGGGGUCUCGCCUCGCGGGAAGACCCCGGCCAGUCCGAAGCCAAGGGCGAGGGCGGCGCGCGCUGCCUCAUGGCGGGCGUGGGCCUCAGUUUCCUCUUCUCAGGGCCCUUCAUCCUGCUCGUCUUCACCACCUUCCUGCUGGGGGGCAACGUUCGGACCCUGCUGUGCCGCAGCUGGGAGAGCCGCGAGCUGUACCAGUUCGUGGACACCCCGGGGAACCUGCCCCCGUCCCUGAACCUGUCUCAGCUGCUGGGCCUCAAGAGGAGCGUCAACGUGACUUCGGCCUACCGGCGUUGUAAGGACGGGGCGGCUCUCUGGGAGGUUCUGCGCCUCAACGGCUCCUACGACCUCGAAGGGCACCUGGACGUCAACCAGUACACGGCCAAGCUGCGGAAGGACCUCAGGGAGCUCCAGGUAGACGUGAAGGAUGUGAACCUGCUGGACGCCGCCGCCCGCAGAGAUCUGGACAGACUCCAGGCCAGUGGGCUGGACGACGUAGACUAUCCCGGCUUCCUCUCCCAGAUCCGGAGGCCCGUGGUGAAGACGGACGCGGUUCGGCUGGCGGGGGAGCUGGGGAGGCUCAGCCGGACUCAGCGUGACCCUGCCCUGGCCCAGCAGCUGGAGACCGAAGGCCGGGCCCUCUUGAGCCUCCACCAAAAUCAAGUCAUCCCGCAGGAGGCCACCCUGGCCGAGCUCAACAACAGUGUCCUGAUCCUUUCAGCGUUAGCCCCCAAACUCCAGGUGGCUGUGAUGGACACCUUGGCCAACGUGACCUUCGUGAAGACUGAGGUGACCAGCCGGGCCAAGGAGAUUCUGAGGAACGAGAGUGAGUGUUUCCUGAAUCGGCAGCUGGAUUACUUUUCCCAGUACCUGAGUUGGGUGAGGCAGACGGUAACUCAGCAGAUUGCCACCUGCCAGCCCCUCUCAAGAGCACUGGAUAACGCCCAGGUCGUCCUGUGCGAUCUCAUCGCGGACCCCUGGAACGCCUUCUGGUUCUGCUUGGCCUGCUGCACCUUCCUGCUCAUUCCCAGUAUGAUCUUCGCCAUCAAAAUGACCAAGCACUUCCGUCCCAUCCGGAAGCGGUUGAAUUCCUCCAGCUCCGAGGAGACCCAGCUCUUCCACAUCCCCCGGGUGACUUCGCUCAAGCUGUAGGAUCCAGGCGAGAUCUCCUGACGCCGCUGCCCGCUCCCUGCUCUGCCCCUCACUUCCAGGAUUCCUCUGCUAGAUGCCCCAGAGGGGAGCUCCGGCCCCCCGGGAUCAGCGGCCCGUCGCUGGGCCCUCCACGGUGGCCCGGCUCUCUCUGCCCUGUCCCGGCCCAGCCCGAGAAGAGGAGCCCGGGAUCCGAUCCGACAGGCCUCACCCAUUCCUUGGCCCCUGAAGAGGUGGGGUGAGCCUGUCCUCUUAGCUGUGGCUACCAGGGCCUUGGGGGCCCCCCCAAACUGGGCUCACUUCGACCCCUGUCCCGCUGACCUUCUCUCUUGCCCCACCCCAAGAUUUGCCUGUGACCUUGGCAGCUGGGGCGGAAGG